UUUCAAUUCGUCAUCUUCUCGCGACUCCACUUCGCCGAAAGCAAGGCUUCAAAUGAUGUGCAUUUGAUGCAAUUUCUCACAUUGUUUCGUGACAAGCCGAAGGACAUGCGAAGUUCGUCAGUGACAUGUCGGAACCAUGGCUUUUCCCUACAGUUUUACUCUGUAUGUACGGCUUCUUCUCCAACCUACGACCAUCGGAACCUUUCCUUACAGCGUUUCUCAUGGGACCAGACAAAAACCUUAGCGAAACGCAGGUUGUAAAUGAAAUCUACCCACUAUGGACCUAUUCCUACCUUGUGCUGCUUUUCCCCGUCUUCCUGGCGACAGACUACCUUCGAUACAAACCUCUUCUCAUUCUGCAGGCAGCCAGCCUCAUCGUUACCUACACUAUGCUUGUGAAGACCCAGGGCGUGCUGGCCAUGCAGAUCCUGGAGUUCUUCUUUGGGAUGGCUACAGCAACAGACAUUGCCUACUACUCCUACAUAUACAGUGUGGUUGAACCGGCACAGUAUCAGAAAGUGACUGGGUUCUGUCGGAGCAUCACACUACUGGGCUCCGCCAUAGGAUCUCUGCUUGGCCAGCUCCUUGUGUCUGUAGCAGAGGUCCCUCUGUUGUAUUUGUGUGUUAUCACACUGGCAUGUGCCUCCAUUGCUUUCUUGACUCCCUGGUUUCUGCCCAUGCCAGCGAAGAGCCUUUUCUUCCACCAGAAGGACGGUGGUAAUCAGGAUGCGCUCACCGCAGAGGCUACUACCGACCCUCUAAAGGAUAGACUGGAGUGUAAGGUGCCCCUGCAUUCUGAAGAAGCUGUGGUCCAUGAGGAGGCCACCCGUGGUCUGCUAGCCGUGCUGAGAGUGCUGUGGGAGGACUUCCUGCAGAGCUACUCCUGCAAGACACUCCUAGCGUGGUCUGUCUGGUGGGCCCUGUCCACCUGCGGAUACUUCCAGGUCGUGAACUACGUACAGGCACUUUGGGAGAAGAUACUGCCCUCCAGUGAGUUUCACAUAUACAAUGGCUACGUAGAGACCAUCUCAACUUUAAUGGGUGCACUUGCUGCAUUUGCGGUGGGCUAUAUGAAGGUGUCUUGGGAGGUAUGGGGGGAGCUUGCCCUCUGCACAUUCUCUGUGGUGAUCGCUGGGGCUGUGUACCUUAUGGACACAAUCAUGAACAUCUGGGUUUGUUACGUCUCGUAUGUGAUCUUCAGGGCUACCUACAUGCUGUUGAUAACCAUUGCCACGUAUCAGAUCGCAGCCAACCUGAGUAUGAAGAGGUAUGCACUGGUCUUUGGCGUAAACACCUUCAUAGCCUUACUGCUUCAGACUCUUCUCACAGUGAUUGUUGUGGACACCAGUGGUCUGGGCUUGGACAUUAUUCAACAGUUCCUGAUCUAUGCCAGCUACUUUGCUGUGAUUGCGGUCAUCUUCCUCCUGGCUGGACUGUAUAAGUGGAGGAGGUCGAGACGUGCUUCUGAGCAUGUUGUUCAGACAGGAGAAGCCCACUCCAUCGGAGAUGGGAUGGUAAACAGGAUAUAGGUCAUCAGAACCGCCCAUAGGUUAUCAAAAUCGCCUUUACUAGUCUAGUCAUCGAGUGUGUUUUAGAGACACCAGGUCAAAUACUUGAACUUCUGUUAAUUUGAUUAUAGUUGAAGUGUUGAAACGAUGCGCACAUUAAUGCUUCAACUCACUGAGUAGUUUGCUGUAGUGGAUUUCAAGGUCUACUUUCACUUUGUAUUUGGUCCUCUCAAACUUACAGUAGAGACAUCAGCAAAAUGACCUCAAUGUUUCAUAUUGCUCAUGUGUUUUUACUAACACUACUAUUGUAACUAGUAUUUAUUGCAUUGUAGUUACUUUGUCACUUAGUUUUUGAGAAGUGCUAUAUAAAUAAUAAUAGCAAUAGUAAUAAUAAUCACCAUAAUCAUCACUGUACUGACUACGGCCUACUGCUACUACUGUAGAAAUAAACAUCUAGCUAGAUUGUGGAUUUCAAAGGCAGAUGCUGAUACCCUGCUGAAAAAAAGUUGGCACAGUGAAAAAUAAUGUGAUUUAUACUUGAGAAAGCCUUUAAGCCUUAUAUCCCCUUGUUUAAUCCACAUCUGUGUUCAAUCCCCUUGUUUAAUCCACAUCUGUGUUCAAAUGUGUUAUAAUUUGAAAAACAAUUAUAUAUAAAUGUAAUUAAAUUAUUAAUUGUGUGGAUCGUUCCUAGAUCGACAGUGAAACCAAAUCACAAUGAUUGUAUUGUUAUGUACUGUAGAGGUACGUUUAAGAGGAUCUCAGUGUUUCCCAUACAUUGACUAAUCUGUGGCGGGCCUCCACGAAAUCAAAACCGGCCACCACGAAUGAACGCCUUAAAGUGACAGGCACUAGACCUAUACCCCCCCCCAAAUAGAAUCCAAUUCUGUGGGAAACACUGGAUCUUGACCUUGUAUAAAUCACUUCAUAUGUGUGUUACUGGCAAAACAAUGGAUGGGUUGUUUUAUAUGGUGAUGCAGUAAUAUUUAGUAAUUAACACCAUACAAGAUGUGUUUUAACAUGAUGAAUUGUUUUGUUUCUGCCAAACAAUUACAUUUUAUUGUUACUGCAAAUAGUGUUACAUUGAAAUGAUCCUUCAUACAUGACCUCCUCAUCAAUAAAUCAAAGACGAUAAGA